ACAGGCUGCACGCAGCCAGCGAGGAAUGAGGAAAACAUCGUGUCUGCCUGCCCGAAAGCUGUCACAUGGGGCCGAGGAGGGGUAGUACAAAAAAUCGCUUCCUGAAAUGAUCCUCACCACUGGCUGUGCAUGUUCUUUUCUCUCAAACGUAACAUCGCAUCGCGUUUAAUUUCCUGUCUGGAGCUGCUUUGGUGUCGGUGCCGAUGAUGAUCAGUAAGGUAAAAAACGCCAUGUCCAGCCUGGUGGGAGGCAUGAUGCCGCACGGACACCACCACAACCAUCACCCAGGUGGCGGGCAGCCCGGCGGACCGGACAGCCUGCCGCCGCGCUUCCCCUACGGCCGACCGGAUUUCUUGGACCUCACCCCGGAGCUCCUGCAGUACUCCACGGAGCACGCUUCACGGCCGGUGCUCACGUUAAAGAGAGACAGCAGGCUUCCCUGGAGGUCGGGAUACGCAGAGGUGAUCAAUGCGGGGAAGAGCAUGCUGAACGAGGACCAGGGCUGUUGUGAGAAGCUGUUUGUGAAGAAGCCGAGUGGCAAAAACCGCAACUCCUCCCUGCUGGAGGACAACGGGGAUGGUACAGGAAUCCCUAUGCACUACUUCGGCGUUUUUGAUGGACAUGCAGGUUCUGGAGCCGCCAUCAUGGCCUCCAAGCUUCUUCACCGCCUCAUCAGAGACCGUUUGGGAGAAAUCUGCCACCUGCUGGAGAAUCCCACCAGUGCACCUCCUAUCUGCCUGGCCAAGAACGGCAACCCGUACCAGGCAGACUCAAAGAAGGGGGCGGCGCAGGAUGCAGAAGACCCCGAUGCUGUCACCGACUCGUCAAUACGCUUUCACAUGGAGAAGGUUGUCAGCUUGGAGAGCCUGGUCAUGGGAGUCAUAGAGACCGCCUUCUCACAGAUGGAUGACCUAAUUGAAAAGGAAAAAGCAUCAUAUGCCAUCUCUGGUGGGUGUUGUGCCUUAGCUGCCAUUAAUUUAAUGGGGAAGCUCUACGUAGCCAAUGCUGGAGAUAGCAGGGCCAUAAUCAUACGAAAUAAUGAAGUUAUUCCCAUGACAAAUGAAUUCACACCUGAGUCAGAGAGACAGCGGCUACAGUAUCUGGGCUUCCUGAGGCCAGAGCUCCUGGGUAAUGAGUUCACUCACAUUGAGUUCCCGCGUAGGAUCCAGCACAGUGAGCUGGGCAAAAAGAUGCUCUACAGAGACCACACCAUGACUGGCUGGGCCUAUAAGACGAUAGUUGAAGAUGAUCUGAAAUUCCCCUGAUUAUGGAGAGGGUAAAAAGCACGUGUCAUGGCCACCAUAGGAGUGACCCGUGGGCUGGGAGAUCAUGAGCUGAAGGUUUACAACUCCAACAUUUACAUCAAGCCCUUCCUGUCCUGCGUCCCUGAGGUGAAGGUUUAUAAUAUGGAUGAAAACAAACACGGCCCAAACGACGUCUUAGUCAUGGGCACAGAUGGAUUGUGGGACGUCACCACGGACAGGGAAGUGGCAGAUGCUGUGUCAGCCUACUUAUCCUGCUGUGACCCCUCUGAUCCCAUGAGGUACACCCUGGCAGCCCAGGACCUGUUGAUGAGGUCUCGAGGCGUCCUGAAGGAGCGCGGCUGGCGGCUUCCCAACGAAAGACUGGGCUCAGGCGAUGACAUCACUGUGUUCGUCAUCCCACUGGCUGGGCCGGGGACAGAGACAUGACACUGUGUUGAAGCCACCGCUAUAACAGGGACGGCGUUUCAGGGUCCUUCCCACAGUCCCUCCAAACUCCCUCAACCCUGGACCUGAUAGCGCGGUGGGAGAAAAAAAAAAAACCUUUGUCAAAGGGAAGACUUGGGUCAAAGCACCUUCAUCAUCCCAGACUGGACCCACUUCAACCCAACCCAGGAUCCCAUAUCGUUUCAUGUGACAAAAAGAUUUCCAGUGACAUCAUAAGAGAAGUCGCACUCUUCCUCCCAGACCUGCUGUUUGUGACGGUUGCCAGUGAGAAUUAAACCCAUGUAGUGUUUUUGUUUCCUGUUUAUGUUUGAGACUGGACCGCUACUCAAUCCUUUUAAUGGAUUGUUCAUUUUCAUGUCAUGCCGUGAAUGGCCCUUUUGUAAAAAAAAAAAAAGAACAAAAAAAGGCUCCCGCAGUUUCACAAUCAAAUAUUUUAAAGGGUGUUGCAGUAGACCGGAUUGCAGUAAAGAAUGUGAGGAAACCAAAGAGAUGCUGUUGUGGCAUAUGGAUGGUAAUCUGUAAAAAAAAAAAAAAAAAAAGAAGAUAAACAAAAGCAUAUCAUUAGAUUCAUGUCUGUACAUACAAUAAGCAUGUAGGGAGUAAACAAAAAGGAAUGGACCUUUUUUAGCUCUGGACUCAAUCAGUUGAGUCUGCAUUGCUUUACUUCCUGUGUUAACGAUGAAUGAAUGACGACACCUUAGGCACUUGGAGACGGUUACACAUGCUCUGUGGUUAGCCUUUGAUUUGUAAUAUCUGUUCAUUGAAUGUGCUCAUACAUUUGUUUUAUUUUUGACUUUACAAUAAAGUGUUGCACUUGUGUUAUGUAAAAAAAUAUAUAUGAGAAAGGAUCAUAUUGUUUGAUUUAACUACGUUUUUAUUUUUCAUCCUUAAGAGGAGUCAAAAAUCUGUUCUCUGUAAAUGUCUUGGUAUAGUAAGAUGUGAUAAAUGUCACACAUAUGCCUUAUUUAGAGAUUUUACUUUCUUCAAAUGCACUAAAUUUGAUCCUUGUAGAAGUGUCAAGGAACAUUAUAGGCCCUUAAAUGUACCGUAUACCUCUUUUGUACCAUUUUUGUUAUGUCAUGUUAUUUAGAUUAUCCUUAUAUUUACAACUUUGGCUAUAAGUCGUAUGGCCGUAUCAGAUGUUGUAUUUAUAUGUUUCUAUCCAUUAACUAUUUGUUUAGAGAGAUGAUGUGCCCUAGGGAGAGGGAUAAUAUGUACCAGCUUAAAAAAUAAAAUCAGAUUUUUCCCAUUU